AUGGCUGCCAAGACUAUCAUCGUCACUGGUGCCUCGCGAGGCAUCGGUCUUGCCAUUGCCAAGUACCUCCUCACAGCACCUCAGGCGCACAAUGUUGUCGUGGUGGCUCGUAGUGUCGAGCCGCUCCAGAAGUUGAAGGAGCAGUACAGCAAGCAAGUGGAGGUGGUUAACGGUGACCUGGCUGACUUUUCUCUCGCUCAAAAGGUAGUUGAUACCGCGAUCAACUCCUUUGGCCAGCUUGACGGGAUGGUGUUAAACCACGGCAUCCUGGGCCAGGUCGGCAAGAUUGCUGCCGCUGAUGUUGACCAGUGGAAGAAAGACUUUGAUGUCAACUUUUUUAGCCUGGUUGCUUUCACUAAAGCGGCUCUCCCGGCUCUCCGCCAGUCCAAGGGAAAGAUUAUCUUCACCUCCUCAGGUGCCGCCGUGUCCGGCUACCGCGGCUGGGGUCUCUACGGAGCUACCAAGGCGGCAAUGAACCACUUCGCCAUGAGUCUGGGCAACGAGGAACCCGAUGUCAUCUCUGUAGCCAUCCGACCUGGCAUGGUUGACACCGAAAUGCAGCGGGAGCUGCGUGAGGACCACGCUACGAACCUAGACACCGAGAUGCACUCGAAAUUUGCAGGUGCCCACAAGGACGGCAAGCUUGUCAAGCCCGAGCAGCCGGGCCAUGUCAUGGCGAAGCUAGUGCUCGAGGCACCCAAGGACCUCAGCGGCCGUUUCCUCUCAUGGAACGACAAGGAGCUCGAUGCUUUCCAAGAAUAG